AUGCGCGUGAUGCGUGCGAUGCACGCUCCGGUGACAGCAUCUUCGUCGUGCCUUUCGCAAGAUGCACUGCGCCCGGCUGUGCCUGGUCGUUUGCGAGCCUUGCUCUUCUGGGCCUUCCCAAGGCCAUCCUGGGCCGACCGCCUCAGCCUUCAUGCUGCAGCUGCCCUCGUGGCAUCUGCGGGGGCCACCUGGCGUCGUCAGUCCGUGGUGUCUCCCACAUGGCUUCAACCACCCGCUGACCUUUUGGAAGAGUCCACCUACGGCGACCCCUUGGCUGUGAAGUAUUUUGAAUGGCUGGGUCAAGAGCUGCAGAAGAGGCCUGAUGGGCCGCGCGUGCAACGUGGGCAUUUGGGUGGUGACCGUGAACAGGCGUCUGUUUGGGGCGAUGCCUGCGCGGUGUGGCCUUUGGGUGAUGUUCGAUAUGCCUGGCCGCUGGAUGCACAAUGCUUUUGGGAGGGCACCAAAGGAGCGCAGGAAGUUCAGGUCAAUGAGGGCCUGCAAGAUGCUUUGGGGCUCCAUCGAGAGGUGCUCUUUGAAAGCGACGGAUAUUUAGCUGUGCCCAAGGCUUGUGAAAAGGACUUUGAUGCGGAGCUGGCAGCGCUACCUUGA